AUGGGAGAUGACCUUGAAUUAGAGUUUAACCCUGGCGAUGUUGAAAUACCAUUGCUUGUUCACUCUGAAUUUUUUCAACCUUUAAUUCAACAGGAAGGUGGUCUUGUUCAUUUACCGUAUGACACAUUAAGAAUGAUUGCAAGUAACUUAGAUUAUGACUCAUUUGUAAAUUUUACGUCAACAUGUAAAACAUUAAAUUCACUUGAAAAAGAUGGGGAGGUUGUUCGUUUAGUUUGCGGUGUUGCUGAUACAAACACUUCUAUUGAUAGUUGUAUUGACUCAAUUAAAAAUAAAAAGGAGAAUGAAAAGAUACAGCGUGAACGGUUAUUACAACAGAAAAGGGAAAGAAAUGAAGAGUUUACGUUUGAAACUAAGUUAUGUCAAAGACGAUGUUCUUCUAAUAUUCUUUUUGAAAGUGUUGCAUUAGCUUUUAUUUUUAUUUCUAUGAUUAUUGGUCCAUUAUCUGCGGAUAGAUCAAUUGAUGUUUCAAUGAAAGUUGUUGGAUGGUUAAUGUUAAUCCCAACUAUUUUUUAUGGUAUUUUACCACAUUUCUUAUGGUGUUGGGGAUGUAUGACAGUUGUAAAAAAUGAUAUGGUAAAUGAAAAUCGGGAUGUUAAAGUGUAUGGUGGGGCUUAUGAUUAUUUUAAUCAGUUAUGGUUAUGGUCGAAUAAAGGUGGUUUUAGACAUUCAAAAUUUAGCAUUAUUGUUUAUUCAUGGGUUUUAUUUAUGUUAUGGUGUUAUGAUAUUAUAAACUUUGGGUAUGUGCUUAUACCAAUUAUAAUAUACUGUUUGUUAUAUCCAUGCAUUGGUACCAUUGAUUGUAAUCCAUAUCAAAAGGAUGAUUGUAAAUGUGCUAUUAGUGGAUGGAGAUGUUUAAUGUAUGGACCAACAACAUUUUUAUUGUUUAUUGGUUUUUUCUUAGUGAUGUUAAGAUGUUUUUCAGUUAUAGAAGGAUAUUAUACUCUUUGUGUUCUUCCUAUUAUUAUAGCUGCAAUGGUGUAUCCAGUUAUGUAUUGUUGUAAAUGUUGUUGUGAUGUUGAAGCAAGUUCCUGUGGUUGUAAUAGUAGUUUUAUUAAACAUUUCAAAAUCUAUGAUACUCUAAAAUAUGAGAGUGAGUCUGUAAUGGCAGCAGUAUUUUGUAUUGAAUGGUGGUUAGUUAUGCCAGGGAUAAUUAUAUUUGUGAUAUUGAUAUCAGUUUUAUUGGAUGGAUAUGCAGAUUGGUCAUUUUCAUUAGUAUUUUUGCCUGCAUGGUAUGUCUUUGGUUUUUAUAUUAUAGUAACCCAACUUACUGUUUUUAUUACUGAGUGUAGAUUUAAAGGGGCGUUUCAGUGUUGUCCUAAGUUAUUCCCAAAAAAUUAUAAUGUAAUGAGACAAAUGUGUUGUAUUGAAUGUACUUCUGAUGGAUGUUCCGAAUUUUUUAAUUGUUGUAGUUCAUGUUGUGAAUGGUGUUGUAGCAAUUGUUGCAAUGACUGUGAAUGUUGUGAGAGGUUUUGUGAAUGGUAUUGUGAUCAUUGUUGUUGUUUUUGUGAUGAAAUGUGCAGUUUUCUUUCAAGUUGUUGUGAUUGUUUCUGUGACUUUCUUUGUGAUAACUUGUGUUGUUGUUGUUAA